UGAACGAAGAGGACUUUGCUUUAAACAACACAAGAACAUCUGGUCGUUGCGCUGCCCGUUGUCUGGCCAACGAGUGUUCUGUCCUCGGCGGCGUGGUCCAGAGCCAGGUGUACCGAGAGGCCAGUGGCGCGCAGCGGACGGCGGUGCCGGCCCUCUGCGGCGGACGGCGGUGCCGGCUCUCUGCGGCUCUGCGGCGGUGCCGGGGCCCUCUGCGGCGGACGGCGGUGCCGACCCUCUGCGGCGGACGGCGGUGCCGGCCAUGCCGCCGCGGCUGCCGCUGCCGCUGCCGCCGCUGCUGCUGCUGGGGCUGCUGCUGGCGGCCGGCCGCGCGCAGACCGCGGACGGCGGCGACUGGACGGAGCGGCAGGCGCCGCGGAUCGGCGCCGUCAUCCCGCGCAGCAGCUUCGUGCGCGGCUACUGGCGCAGCCUGGUGAUGCCGCUGGGCGAGAUCAACCGGCGGCUCACCUUCCCCCAGCAGUACGCGCUCAGCACCGCCUCCGUCACACUGGGCAUGAUGAAGGACGAGAGCUCGCCGAUGACGAUUCUGGAGACGCUGUGUGACAAGUUCCUGCCGAACAACGUGACGGCCAUUUUCUACCUGACCAACUCGGAGCGGUACGGCCGGAGCACGGCCUCCAGCCAGUACUUCAUCCAGCUGGCCGGCUACCUGGGCCUGCCUGUCAUCUGCUGGAACGCCGACAACAGCGGACUCGAACGGUCGGGCGCCCAGUCGCCGCUGCAGCUGCAGAUGGCGCCCACCAUUCAGCAGCAGGUGGGCGCCAUGUUGUCCAUCCUGGUGCGCUACAACUGGCACCGGCUGUUCGUCGUCACCAGCCAGAUCGCCGGACACAAGGAGUUCACGCAGGCCGCCUGGAACCAGGCCGCCGACUUCGCCGACUUCAAGUUCACCAUCAUCGGCACGCUGACGGUGUCCAGUCAGGAGGCCGACCUGUCCGAGCUCAGUCAGUCGGACGCGCGCAUCAUCCUGCUCUACUCGACCCGCGACGAGGCCAAGGAGAUCCUGCGGCAGGCCACCGCCAGCGGACUGACAGGGAAGAACUACGUGUGGAUCGUGACGCAGAGCGUGCAGGGCAGCACGGCAGUGGCGCCCGACAGUUUCCCCAUCGGGAUGCUCGGCGUCCAUUUCCGGACGGACGAGGAGAGCCUGAAGGAGGCGAUCGGUCGCGCCAUGACGGUGUACGCUCACGGCCUGGAGCUGCUGUACCGGGACCGGGCGGCGGCCGGCAACCUCAGCCUCAGCCCGGCGCUCUCCUGCACCGGCGGCGGACAGUCGCGCUGGGCAGACGGCGAGCGCUUCUACCGGUACCUGCGCAGCGUCCGAGUGCCGGGUGCGCACAACCAGCCCGAGCUGGCGUUUGACGCCAACGGCGGCCGGACGGCGGUGGAGCUGACCAUCCGCAACCUGCGCUCCGACACCAGCGGCGCCAAGGCCUGGGAGCCGAUCGGCACGUGGCGCUCCUGGGGCGGCAGUCAGGGACAGGGCGACCUGGACAUCAAGGACAUCGUCUGGCCCGGCUACUCGCAUCUGCCGCCGGAAGGCGUUCCGGAGAAGUUUCACCUGCGUGUGGUGUUCAUGGAGGACUCUCCGUACGUGAUGCUGGACCCGCCCGAUCCUGUCACCGGGACGUGCGCCGCCAACAAGGGCGUGCUCUGCCGCGUGGCCAACGAGACGGCGCUGCACGGGGUGAACAUGACGGAGGCGCGGGCGGACCCGCGCCUCUUCCGCUGCUGCUCCGGCUUCUGCAUUGACUUGCUGGAGAAGUUCGCCGACGACCUGGGCUUCACAUACGACCUCUUCAGGAACGAGGACGGCCUCUGGGGCGCUCAGGUGCACGAGGAUGGCAAGGUGCGCUGGAACGGCCUGCCGGGCGUGCUCAUCAACAAGAAGGCCGACAUGGUGAUGACGUCGUUCAAGAUCAACUCGUACCGUCAGACGGCCGUCGACUUCACCGUGCCCUUCCUGGACACCGGCGUCAGCAUCGUGGUCUCCAAACGCACCGGCAUCAUCUCCCCGACGGCCUUCCUCGAGCCGUUUGACACGGCCUCCUGGCUGCUGGUGGCUCUGGUGGCCAUCCAGGCGGCCGGCGCUGCCAUCUUCAUCUUCGAGUGGCUCUCCCCCAUCGGAUACGACAUGAAG